AGAAGUGGUUGAUGAUGGUAAAAUCCGGAGCUAUAGUUCCAGCCUUUCUUCUUCUCCUCUCCUUCUUGGAUCCCUGCGACAGCGGUGCCGUCCAGCUCGACACCAGUAACAUCGACAAGGUUCUCGAGGACUAUGAGUUCGUCUUCAUCAACUUCUACGCGGACUGGUGCAGGUUUUCUAACAUGCUUUCUCCUAUCUGGGAUGAGGGAGCGGAGAAGAUCAGCUCCGAGCUUGCAGGUCAAUCCGUCCUAGUCGGGAAGAUUGAUUGCGACGCGCAAUCUAGCCUCGGUACCAGGUUCCAUAUUACUAAAUACCCAACUAUCAAAUACGUUGUCAAUGGUCAACUGGCCAAGAAGGAAUACCGAGGGCAAAGGUCUGCUCAGGCCUUCUUGGACUUUGUCGUGGAACAGACGAAGAACCCUGUUGAUGAGUUUGAGGAUCUCCAGGUGCUGAACAAACUAGAAGAGAAGGCCCAGUAUGUUAUUGGAUACUUUGAGAAGAAGGAAUCUGCAGAAUAUUCUACGUAUAAAAAAGUUGCCACUAAACUAAAGGAUGAUUGUAAGUUUAUGGCCGGAUUUGGAGAAUCUGUUGAGAAAAUGCAUCCUCCUGGACAUGAUAUUGUGGCUUUCAGGCCAAGUAAGGCUCGAUCCAAUGAGGACGACGAAGCAUAUCUCGGCAGUCUAGUCAAUUUCGAGGAUUUCCAGAGUUGGGUUCAAGAGAAGUGUAAUCCUCUGGUUCGUGAGAUAACAUUUGAAAACGCUGAGGAACUGACCGAGGAAGGUUUACCCUUUCUUAUUCUAUUUCAUCAUCCUGAUGAUACAACUAGUAUCAAGGAGUACAAUGAUCUUGUGAAACGUGAACUGAUGUCUGAGAGACAGCAGGUCAACUUCCUGACCGCCGACGGUGUCAAGUUCGCCCAUCCACUCCAUCAUCUUGGGAAAUCAAAGGAAGAUCUUCCUUUGAUCGCCAUUGAUUCCUUCAGACAUAUGUACUUAUUCCCAAAAACAGAAGAAAUGAGAGUUCCGGGUAAAGUGAAGGAGUUCCUACAGGAUCUAUACAGCGGUAAACUACACAGAGAGUUCCACUACGGUCCUGAUGAGGAGGAGAAGGCGUCUGAUGACUCUGAGAACACUGUAGAUACUGGGAACCAUAUCCCUCGGGAGAAGGAUCACAAUGUAGUUCGGAGAAACGCCGGUAGAGCAACCGAUCCUCCAGAGAGUCAGUUCAAACAUCUCCGUCCCUCCGACAACAGAUAUACACUGCUUCAUGAUGAAUUCUAGGCGCUGCUGCAUACUUCCUUUCCUUUAUUCAUUUUCUUCCAGUUUUAGUUCUUCGUCCUAAAUGCUUAUUCAAAUUUAAGGACUAUUAUAAUGGUUAAGCACAUUGUUCAAAACCAGGUUUUUAAAAAGUUUUUAUAUAUAUCUUUUUUUAGCGGGUUUUAAAGGUAUAAUUUUUCUCCAAUGUAAAUAUUCACACACACACAUUUCAUGAUACUUCUAUACAAGGAUUUUAGGGGCGAACAUUUUUUUAUCCUUAGAAUUCGUUUGCACAUUAAUUGUUUUGAAGUCUUGUUCCGAGUGAUAAAGAUUGUAAGUCAUGUAUCAAUUUUCUUUUCUUUUCCAGCAUUUAUUUGAAAAUAUUCCUCGUUUUGGUCAAACUAAUUACAAACCAGGUUCCUUUAAUAUGUAUCUAUUAGGCUGACACACGAAAGGGGUGAAUAGAACUAUAUUUUUCUCUUUUAUAAAUAAAUCCCAAACUACUUUAUAAACAAAUAGACAAAACUAAUAGACUAAUAUUUGGGUUGCAUAGGUUCUAUGGGUGAUGCGGCCCAAUAUGAACAUGAUGUGCCAAAAUCUUAGGUUGAUCAGAGUAAUGCACCAGGUGGAAGUCGUUUUCUGUUUUUAGGGAAAACCUUUAUUUUUGAUGGAGGUCAAUGACCUCCGAGCACAAUUGGAGGCUGAAUGUAAAAUUUCAUCCUUUUAUCUAAAUUUUUAGAUUUGUUUUCUGAAACUUCUUCCACCUUCGUUCAUUGAGUUAGAGCGCAAAAAAAUCGUCACAUUUCUACACUUAAGGGUUGACAUCGCCCAAAUAACAUAUGAUAUAUGCACCUUUUGAUUUUCUUACAUUCACUUUUUCGUGUGUCACCCUAGUAUCUAUCUAUCACCAUAUAUGACAUUUCGACUCAUAACGUCGUCUUUGAUGUAUUCAGAGCUAGAGCGGAUUUAUCUCCUUUGGUUCAUUUAAAGGUUCUAAACUCUGAAUAGUUUUUACAUGUAUUACUUUGAUUUCACCCUCUUUACCCUUUUUACUCAUACCCGGUCUGGUUGCGUGGAUAAUGCUCUAUUUUUGAUAUUUCUUCUGAUUCAAGUUUAGAAAUACUUCUAAACUCUGUCUUCCUUUUCGUUGAUUUUAUAUAAUUGAUUACAGCAUUUAUAGUUCUAAAACUCUGUAGGUCGGAACUUUUAAAUGAGAUAGCGCUUAUAAUUAAAAAUUCUCAACUCAACAUCCAGAGUCGAAACUUUUGAUUUGAAAUGAUAAAGUGACUUCUGAUUCGUCGGCCAGUUAGAGCAGUGCAUAGGAUUCGGAUCCGCAACAUUAGGGGUUUCAGGAUACACGUAAGCCAAAAAUCUUUUUGCUCAUCUGUUGAAAAAUGAGAAAUUUAAAAAAAAAGCUCUUUUAAUUGUUCAUAAAUUUUUAGCAAAAAUAAAUUUUAAAAUUCUUUAUUUGUUAAAACAAAAUCAGUUAAAGAAAUGUUUGCUGCCUGGAUCUGGAUCCAGUUCUUUCAGGACAGAUCCCAAUUUGCUUCAAAAUGCAUUGGACCCUAUGCACUGCUUUAGAGAUAUUCAAAAUAAAUUAAUUUAUCCCGGCCCAUAUAUAAAUAUACGGAUUUGCCCUAUCUAAUAGGAUUACACAAGUUCCGACCACAGAGGAGAUUUUAAGAUGUAAUUAUCAUUUUUCAUUUAUUAUGAUUAAUCCCUGAAUUAAACCCUCUCUAGAAGACAUCUUAUUGUUAUUAGUGAAUUUAGACUUAGUAUUAGACAAUAGACAUUCCCUCACAGAUGAAUUCACUACAAUCGUAGAAUAUAAAUUUUGAUUAUUA